AUGCAUCAGACUCUCCUUCAAUAUACAGCUGGCGUUACAGAGCUAGUAGACAAGCUCCGCCAGCGACUGAGGGAGUUCGAUAAGUGGCUUUCAACUUCUGAAGCCACUCGUGACCAUGCCGAGCUUAGCAUCGGCAGAAGAGUGGAGGAAAAACCGACACCGCAAGAACCCGGCUUUCUUGAAGAAGAAGUGACUUUGGCUUCGCUCCCUGAUGACUGGACGUCAUCUCAAGAGCAAGCCGUUCAAGUUGAACAAAGCACCAAGGUUUCCGAGAUACCAAUGGAGGUCGAUAAAGGGCCGAAGGAAGAAAUACGGGAGCUAGUGUUGAGAAACCGGACAGUCCACAUUCCAGCACGAGGCUCCCGAACAGUGCGAUCUACUGCAGCCCCUCGAACUUUUCGGGCUGCAAAUGUUGAAAUCCUGCCUGACCAGACGUCGCAGGAUGUGUACAAAGUGGUCACUAAUGGUGAGCACUCAUAUUUGACUUGUCGCAUCUGGGAACGUGACUUUGAUACGCUCAAAGGAUGGCGUAUGCAUGCUUCAAAGAUGCACAAGAAAGACGACUUUUGUUCAAGGUUUGGCCAUUAUUUGGCUUUGCCACCAACAUUCGAUGCAUCUGAAAAGGAGGCAGCGGUAGAGCUCCAUAUCUUCGAUUGGGGUCCGAGCGCUUGUUAUGAAUAAAG